GGUAAACUAAUGUAUUAGUAUGGGGCAGAACCAAGUGUCCCUUAUGGAGAGGUGUCCUUUAUUCAGAGGUGUCGGAGGUAAACUAAUGGUAUUAGUAUGGGGCAGAACCAAGUGUCCCUUAUGGAGAGGUGUCCUUUAUUCAGAGGUGUCGGAGGUAAACUAAUGGUAUUAGUAUGGGGCAGAACCAAGUGUCCCUUAUGGAGAGGUGUCCUUUAUUCAGAGGUGU